AUGGGUUUCGGACCACUUCCGGUGGUUGCUCAAGUUGCCUUGCUUGCGGCCGCCCUGAGCGCAAAGCCCCUGUGCCGGGACACCGCGGCUUCAGCUGCAUGGCAGGACUGCAGAGUUCAGAUUGGUGGCCUGGCUAUCCAGGGAGCUGCGGCCUUCGAGAAUUCUCUCGGGCCGACCUUCCAGGACUACCUAACGCGACGGCUCAAUGCAUCCAAGGGCUUGGAGUUCGAAGCCAUUCCGCUGGAUUUUAAUCAGAACUUUGAGCUCGUGGGCGCCGGGCAGGUGGACUUCAUUUUUAGCAACCCAGCAGCUUACACAUGCAUGGCUGUGGAGUUCAACUUGCGGACCGUGGCGUCGCUCAUCAACUAUCGCAAAGGCAACGCGCUUGGGCAGUUCGCAGGCGUGAUUUUCACCAGGCAGGACUCGCCUUUCCACACAGUUGACGACUUGCGCAACGCCACCGUCGAGGCUGUCUCGAUCUCUGGGUUGGGUGCAAUGCAGCUCCAGCAGGCAGAACUUUUAUCUCAGGGGUUGGACAUCAUGACAGACGUGCCUCAACUUAUCUUUGCCUUCAACCAGAACAAGAUCGUACAGGACGUGGAGCUGGGUCUCGCAGACGUUGGUUUCGUGAGAACCGACUUGAUUGACAGAAACGUUGCCGCCAACAAAACAAAGUGGGAGUACUUCAGGGUCAUCGGCCAAAUUGCUGAUUCGGACUUCCCCUUUGCUCGGUCCACCGAUUUCACACCUGAGUGGCCCAUCGGUGCAUUGCCCCACGUUCAUGCUGAGGUCACGGAGCUUGUGGCAAGCUCCCUGAUGAGUCUUGACCGCUUCUCACCAGAUCCCGAGCUCUCGGAACCGGCCAUUGCAGGUAACUUUGCCAGCUGGUCUACACCCAUGAACUACUUUGGCCUCUUGGACAUGCUAAGGAGCAUCCAGUACUAUGACCAAGACCGAAACUUCGUCCUAGAAUAUGAAUAUGUAAAAAUCUCAUACGAUCCCAACCAUGAAUCAGGAAAAAAGUGCCUGCGAAGCUCGGAUGAGUACGAGGCAAUCAACUGUCCCAGUGGCUUUGUGAAGAAGGCGAGGGACAAGGUCUUCUGCGAGGACUGUCGCGAAGGCUACAGCUGCCUGUGCUCCCCAUGCGCGAAGCUACGUGAUCCAGAGUAUGUGCUGAAAGCUUCAUUGUCAAGCACUGCUUGGAGAGGCAACAUCGAUGUUGAGAAGGUGAACAACGACUCCCGCGUGGCGAGCAGCUGCGAGCGCAUGUCUGUGUGUGGCCAGGUCUUUGCCGGACAGAAGGUCCGGUGGGUACUUUUGGAUCAGAUCGGGACUGUCAGCCGGCUUGCCAUCAAUGCGCCACUGGUCACCAGUGUGCGUGUUCGCACUAGUAUUGAUGGAAAUUGGCACCCUGCAGAUGUUCGAAACAUCAGUUUGGGCCAGGAGGACACGCAGGAGUACUUUUUUGAGUACGAUGUGGAAGGGUCUGGAACACAGAUCAUUCAGGUGGACAUCAAUGGCGCGCCAGCAGCUCUGUCACCCGUGGUGCUCGAAGUCCUCCCGCCCCCAAUGCGGAUAAUUGACUGUCCUUCAGGCAGGCAGGCGGAUGCCGAUGGCGUUUGCACGCCGUGCGCAGCGGGUACUGCUUCGAUCGGUGGCGGUGCCCCAUGCCGCCCAUGCGAUCCGGGGACUUUUCAGCCAAUUGCAGAGCAGUCAAACUGUGAGGCGUGUCCGGUGGGCACUUUCCAGGCUCUGCCGUCGUCAGUGGAAUGUCAGCCGUGUCCACCAGGUUAUUCCAGCCGCGGGAAGACAGGAUCUCUGGUAUGCAGUCCAUGUGACCCUGGCCAAGAAGCGCCUAACAACGGCUCAGAGAGGUGUUCUCUUUGCCACCGUGGCUUUUACAGUGAAGAGGAAGGCUCUAGCAGUUGCACUCAGUGUGAGGGAGGUAAGGGGACGGCGGAGCUGGGUGUGACAGAUCCAUCUCUGUGCAUUUGCCUCCCCGGCGAAUUUCUCGUGGGCGCUUACAACAGCAGCGGCUCGACGGACGGCCACUGCACCCCGUGCACCACAGGGCUUUUGUGUCGAGGAGGCAAUGGCGCCCCACUGCAGAGGGCAGGGUUCUGGGUGGACAACACGCUGGGGGCGUUCGAAACGUUCCGAUGUCGCGACAGCUGGCAGUGCCCAGAGGGGCCUUUGGGCACCUGCGCGGAUGGUCGUGAAGGGCGUGCCUGCAACAACUGCAAGGAGUGGCACCGCCAAGGUCAACGAGGCAGAUGCAAGCCUUGCGAGGGGGUGGAUGUGCUGCCCGUGCUGCUGCUCAUGAUGGCAACCUUGCUGCUGGGAGGGCUUCUGCUCUCCUUCGUCCAUACCAAUGCGGCACGUCAGAGGCUCGGACAGGUGACUGUGUUCCUGACAGCUGGGCAGAUCAUCCUCAUGCUGCAGCUUAUGGCGGCCAUGAGGAACUUGGACCUGCAAUGGACAGGACCCGCGCUGCAUGUGAUUGACUUUCUUGAGAUCUUCGCCUUCGACGUGGACUUUCUGAACGUCGGAUGCGUCGUAUCCAACGAUGGCGCCGUGCUUACUUUUGCCAUGCAGCUGCUGGCCUAUCCAGUUUUCGCAGGGUUGCUCGUGCUGGUUUGGCUAUGCAUCAGCCGCCUGGGGCUGGAGGUAACACGCAAUGACGUCAUCAACAUGAACGGCUUGGCUUUGCUCACGCUGUACAUGACCCUGACCAUCAACUCACUCUUGCCGCUGCAAUGCGUCGCCAACCCCAACGGAACGUACAGCAUGCAAACACAGCCUGGUGUGACAUGCUUCGAGUCCGAUGAGCAUUGGGCCUUGAUGUUCAUGUGCGUCCUCGGCAUCCUCAUGUAUCCAGUGGGAAUUCUUUCCGUGGCCCUCCGAGCCACAAUCAUGUAUCCGUCCUACAUCAGCUCGGGGAAGGGACUUCUCAUCGUCAACCGAUACCGAUUCCUUUUCGAGCGCUUUCGUGCCAGUCGCUACUACUAUGGGGUCGCCUAUCUGCUGAGGAACACGCUUCUGUCCCUGAUUCCUGUUGCCGUGGCUAGCCUUCCCACCGUCCAAGUCGUGUUGCUGGCGGCCGUGCUUCUCGCAGGAAUGCUGGUGCAAAUUCGCACUUGGCCUUGGAGAACGCAGGUGGCGAACGUCACAGACAUGCUCUUCUCCACAGCCGUGAUCCUUUUUCUGGUGGUGGUGGGGCCCAUUCUCAGUGACAACAUUGCCACCGAUACCAAGUCUUACGCAGUCUUCCUAUCCUGGUCCUUCUGCAUGCUGCUGGCUUUUGCCUCGCUCACGUUGCUUGUGGUGAUCCUUCUUUUUCUCUGGAGACGGUGCCACCCAGAGAAGACCUACAAGAUCUUCUUGACACAUCACAAGGGUGCGGCCGGGGCACUUGCGCGCUUCAUCAAGAGCAUUAUGAGCAAGCACUCGCAUGACAGAGUCUUCCUGGAUUCUGAUGCGCUGCAGGACUUGGACUCUCUCUUCGAGUGCGUACGCAGCAACGUGGCCUACCUCGUGCCGCUGCUCACACCUCACAUGAUGACUCGCCCCUGGUGUGUCGGGGAGCUCGUCACCGCCCACUUCAACCGCGUGCCGAUUCUGCCCAUCUCCGUCGACGGCUGCCGAAUCGCCUCCUCGCUGAACGCAGCACAGCUUGUGCACUCCUGGAGCCCCGACGACUUUCAGCCCCUCUUGGCCGUGGGCAUCAACGAGGAGAUGAUCGAGGAGAUGAUCGGGCACCUUUAUGGUCUGCCGACUCUCAGCCUCAGCCGUCGGGACUCCACGGAGGAUCAAGAGGCGGCCAUCCUGGGCAUCAUCACCAGCAGCGAGAUGAAGCGCCGCCGCUUCGUGGACUCCGCCUCCACAUCCGAGGGUGCACGUGUCCUGGUCAUUGGGCACACAGAGGAUGCCGAAGCGAUGUCGGCCAGCAUGGUGCUUCAGAUGCUGCUGCAGCGGCUCCUGCAGGAGCGGGUGCACGGGCCGCGGACGCUUGCGGAAUUCACCGCGGCGCUGCCCCACGCUGACAGCCUGGUGGUGCUGCUGCACAAAGGGUUGCUCUACAAUCCGACAUUUGCUGCGAUGGUCCUGGAAGCAAGUCGACAGACCAGGGACAACAAUGAUGGCACCGGCUCGGAGCCUCCGAUGACCAAGGUGCCUUCGAUUGCAUCAUCUCACUCUGGGGGCGAGAGGCAAGGGUUGGCUUGGAGGCAGCUCCUCACCGUCAAUGCAGACACCAGCUUCGUGUAUCCAGGCCAUGAGUUCUACACGGUCCUGCAUGGACAGGGCCUGGGCACCGAGGAUCUCGGACCAGACGUGGGGCCUCUUCUAGUGGAUGCAUACAAAGCCAUCUUCAAGAAGAUCUCCGUGCCUUUCGGCUGCUCUCAUGCCGCAGAGCCCAUGCUUCAGCAACAGGCGAAGGAGAUCAGCAAGCGCCUGCUAGCCUCCAUGGAUGGUGGGGUGAUGGGCAAGAUAGCAACCGGCCGGGGAAGCCCGGGAGCCCCAACAGCUCUGGACUUGCUAAGUUCCGUGAGCCCGGGAAGUUCCGCAAGGUUGGGGAGUGUGCGCAACAGUUUCCGGCAAAACACGGACAGCAAAGAUCUGGAGAAGCAGUUUUCCCCAGCCGUGCCCUGUGCGCCAGAUCCUGGUGACCUAGAGGCCAUGGUUCAUAUCAUCUCAGACCGCCACUCAGAGGCAAGAAAUCAGCCUGGGGACCCAGGUGCAAUGAUGGAGUUGUCUCAAGACCUUUGGUCUGAGCUGCCGCAGCCAGAUGAUGUAAAGCAUCAUCUUUCUUUCUAG